GCAAGCUGGCUGAGAGGCGAUCCAGUGCUCAGCUCCUCUCUGCAGGCUGAGAAAAGAGACAGAGAGCGAAAGACAACGAUUUUCAACGCAGGAGGGGAAAAAAAGCCGUGAGAUUUUGACAAGAACAGGAAGAUACCAAGAAUUAACGGAAGAUUUUCAUCUGCGGAUAUCAUUUAUUUAUACAUAUUGUUUAUAUAUCUAUAUAUAUAUAUUUGUACACACGCAUAUAGAUAUUUAUAUAUAUAUACAUUUAUCCUUGUACAUAUCUGUAUCUGUGCUUGUCUGUUUAUAUUAAUAUUUUUAUAUGUAUUUGUGUGUGUAAAUAUAUAUGAUAUAUAAACAAAAAAUAUCUAUAUAUCUAUGAAUUUAUAUGCGUAUCACUGUGAACCAAGAGAAGCAAGAGGAAAUUUCUAUCAUCAGGGCUGGUCUCUGAUUGUGUGGCGGUAUACAAUAUUUUAAAUAUUUCCUUUGAUCUUCAACGUCAAGAGGACAAAGACUACGUGCCCAUUUUGUAUUUUUGUUUUCCUGUCGCUGCUUCCCAUCCCUCUCAGUCCGUUUUUUUUCCCCUGCGUCCGGAAGGAAUAAACUGGAGAGUGACAGGAUUUGACGAAAAGGGAAAAUCUGUAGAAAUUCCUGUGAUUAGUGUUAUUUCCAUCGGCAUUAGCGCUCUGUGAGCCGAUCACAGCGUGCUGUGUGAGAUCUGAGGAGGCAGCAGAGACAGAGUGCCACGCCGCUCAUCUCAGCGUCAGCCCAGCCAGCACAGCCAGCAUGCACAAACACCACCACUGCUGCAAGUGCCCAGAAUGUUAUGAGGUGACCCGUAUGGCUGCCCUGCGUAGGAUGGACGCCCCGUCGUAUGGAGGAGACUGGCAGGCCGAGCCCUAUGGAUACCCACCUGGGUAUGGUGGAGGCCAGACCUUACCCCCUCCAGCCUCGGGGGGAGGUGGAAGCAUGGGAGGAGGAGGGGGCACUUUAGGGAGAAGUAAGGGCAAGGUUAUGUCUGGUGGGGGCCCUGGAGGCCCCAACCCAAAGGGCCAAUCCAAGGGUGGCCCCAAAGUAAACGGCAACAACUCCAGUGGACAAGGAGGAUGGUGGCCCGAGUGCACCUGCACCAACCGGGAGUGGUAUGACCAGGCCAACCCUCCCCCCAUCAUUGUCAACGCAGACUCACUAGAUGCAGGCCCUUAUGUUAAUGGAAGUGAUGGGAUGUAUAAAUAUGAAGAGAUCAUUUUGGAGAGGGGGAACUCUGGUCUGGGCUUCAGCAUUGCUGGAGGAAUAGACAAUCCCCACAUUCCUGAUGAUCCAGGGAUCUUCAUCACCAAGAUCAUCCCUGGAGGAGCAGCUGCUAUGGAUGGGCGGCUGGGGGUUAACGACUGCGUGCUGCGUGUGAAUGAUGUCGAUGUGUCUGAGGUGGUUCACAGCCGGGCGGUGGAAGCCUUGAAAGAGGCAGGACCAGUGGUGAGGUUAUUGGUUCGACGGAGACAGGCCCCACCUGAGACGAUUCUGGAGGUCAACCUGCUGAAAGGGCCCAAAGGACUGGGAUUCAGCAUUGCUGGAGGGAUUGGGAAUCAACACAUCCCAGGAGACAACAGCAUCUAUAUUACCAAGAUUAUAGAAGGUGGAGCUGCUCAAAAAGAUGGACGACUGCAAACCGGAGACCGCCUGCUCGCUGUGAACAACAUCGUGCUACAGGAUGUGCGUCAUGAGGAGGCAGUAGCUGCGCUGAAGAACACCUCCGAUAUGGUUUACCUCAAGGUGGCCAAGCCGGGACCUGUGCAUUUGAACGACAUGUAUGCCCCACCAGACUACUCCAGCAGCCUGGCCCUCCCUCCAGCCUUCCCCACCAUGGUGGACAACCACGUCAGCCACAACUACAUGGGGGGAAUGGAACCCAAGCCAGUGUACCCGCCACCCCAAGUCACCCCGUCCAGGUACUCGCCCGUUCCCCGCCACAUGAUGGGGGAGGAAGACUUCACGAGGGCUGAACCUAUUUACAGUGUCAUCCACAAACCUGGGGACAGCAAGGUGCCCCAGGCCCUCUACAGAGGCUUCUGUCCUUCCCCUGCUCCCUUGUGCCAAGGUCCACUCCCCUUCUCUGGCAGGGAGCCAAGGAAGGUGGUGCUACACAAGGGCUCUACUGGUCUGGGCUUCAACAUUGUUGGCGGGGAGGAUGGAGAAGGGAUCUUCGUCUCCUUCAUCCUGGCUGGAGGCCCGGCUGACCUGAGCGGGGAGCUGAGGAGGGGCGACAGGAUUCUCUCGGUGAAUGGUGUGAAUCUAAGGAAUGCCACACAUGAGCAGGCAGCUGCAGCACUGAAGAGAGCUGGGCAGACCGUUACCAUCAUUGCUCAAUACAGGCCUGAAGAGUAUAGUCGCUUUGAGUCCAAGAUCCACGACCUGAGGGAGCAGAUGAUGAACAGCAGCAUGAGCUCAGGAUCAGGCUCCCUGCGCACUAGUGAGAAGCGCUCCCUAUAUGUCAGAGCUUUGUUUGACUACGAUCGAACGAGGGACAGCUGUCUGCCCAGCCAAGGCCUGAGCUUCUCUUAUGGGGAUAUCCUUCAUGUCAUAAACGCUUCUGAUGAUGAGUGGUGGCAGGCGAGGCUUGUCACACCUCACGGAGAGAGUGAGCAGAUUGGGGUCAUUCCAAGCAAGAAAAGAGUGGAGAAGAAGGAGCGGGCCAGGUUAAAAACAGUCAAGUUCCACGCCAGGACAGGCAUGAUUGAGUCUAACAGGCCAGUCAAAGUAAAGCGCAAAAAAAGCUUCAACCUCUCACGCAAGUUCCCGUUUUACAAGAGCAAGGAGAAUAUUGUGCAGGAGUUGGUGGAGUCUGAACAAUGCCUGACAUCCAACACAAGUGACAGCGAAAGUAGUUCGAAGGGUCAGGAGGACACAAUUCUUUCUUAUGAGCCAGUCAUUCGACAGGAAAUCCACUACACAAGACCUGUGAUAAUUUUGGGCCCAAUGAAGGACAGAAUAAACGAUGACCUCAUCUCUGAGUUCCCCCACAAGUUUGGCUCGUGUGUACCACAUACAACUCGUCCUAGGCGAGAGAACGAGAUUGACGGCCAGGACUACCACUUUGUGGGCUCGAGAGAGCAAAUGGAGAAGGAUAUCCAGGAUAAUAAGUUUAUUGAAGCGGGCCAGUUCAACGAGAACCUCUAUGGGACAAGCAUCUUGUCUGUCAGAACUGUGGCUGAGAGGGGGAAACACUGCAUUCUGGAUGUUUCUGGGAAUGCCAUAAAACGACUGCAGCAAGCACAACUUUAUCCGAUUGCCAUCUUUAUCAAACCAAAAUCCAUUGAAGCCCUAAUGGAGAUGAAUAAGAGGCAGACGUAUGAGCAGGCCAAUAAAGUCUUUGACAAGGCAGUUAAACUGGAGCAAGACUUUGGGGAGUAUUUCACAGCUAUUGUACAGGGUGACUCACUAGAGGAGAUCUACAACAAAAUCAAGCUAAUCAUUGAGGAGCAGUCUGGGCCCUACAUCUGGAUCCCCUCCUCAGAGAAACUCUGAGCUUCCUGCCGUCCUCUCUGCAUCGGCACAGAGCUCCCCUCCUGCCUCCCAGAGACCCCACCCAAGCCCAAAUAGCCCCUCUCCUCACCUCCUUUUUGCAGAUAUGUUUCAUAUCAAGUUUUAGUGUCAUCAUUAUGUUACUCUCUAAAUGAAAAAGAAGUCUUAUCACCAUUACUGUGACUGUGCACACCCCUGCAUGAGUUUCUCAACAAAUCCAUUCAAGACUGGAAAUGCCAUUCCAAAGGAAUUUGACAACCGAAAACAAAAGGGAAAAGGAAUACAUCCUUUUGUGAACUGGGACUGACUGAAGAUCAGAAGGUUUUGCAGAAAUCUGGAGAGGAGUUGGGAUUCAAAAAGAAGUUUCAGGGGAUCAGAGACAAAUCAUACCAAGUUGGAACACUUUGUAAAUGUUCAUCAAAUCACAUUAUAAAAGACACGCAAGACAAGAAGUUGAAGACCAAUAAAGGGUUUUUUCUUUUUUUUCUAAAAAAGACUGGAUAAAUCGAGCCCUGCUGAUGGUACUGUUCAAGGAGUCAUCUCUCUUGUUUAUAAUGACUGAGGAAAUUAGUAGAGGAGCCUACAAACUGAUCUAUUUAUCACAAACCAGCUUGCUGUUUGGUCAUCUGCCAGUUGUCUGUGCUGCAGCCGAUAAAGACAUCUUGGGAGGCAGAUCAAGAGGAAGAAGUGCGUUGUGAAUCUCUACAUUUAUAUUAUGAAAUCACAAAAUAAAUGAUGAAAUCCUACUGAGAUUUUACUACAUAUUAAAAACUACACAUUUUACACUUCACUAGAAUUGUCAAUUUGGAGGGCUGUUAGUUCCUUUUUUGUUUUGUUUUGUUUUUGGUUUUUUUAUUUUUUCUUGUGGGAUUUUUUUUUUUUUUUUUUUGCUUGUGGUUUUUAGCUGCUCUGUGUAAAGGACGGGGGUAGAGAAGUGUAACUGGGCUCUCUGCAAAACACCAAACUGCCUUACAUCAAAUACAAAUUCUGUUUUGUGACUACCUGUUGUCUGUGAGGGAGGCUGAACACAAUUGAUGAGGAAAAUCUUUCCUAUUUGUGACCUCCAACUGUCAGGAGGCCUGACUUGAGUGCAAUAGAUUAAGAAAAGAAGAAGAAGAAAAAAUUGCCUCUGAUGGCACUUUCCCUCCCCUGUAUUUCAACCCUCUUCCUUUAUAAUUAAAGAAGAAUUUGGCCAAUGGAUUGCAAUUUGGAUAACCAGAGCCUCCCAACUCAUGUUGAGCAGCAGAUCACCCUAUUACACUCUCUGCCUUCCCAGAGGAUUCUCUUCUGAUUGGUCACACGGUACUGUCGUAUCUGCCGCCAUGAUGGUGGCCUUAAAACGGGUAGAACAAGACAAUAAUUGUAUUGGAUGUCCUAAAUAUUAGAGUAACUAUAACCUGUUUUCGAUUGCCCCCCCACCCACCCACCCCCCCUCCCCCGUCCACCAACCAAAAACACUAAAGUUGGGUUUGAGAAAACCUACGCUUUGUGCAUCUAUAAAUCAAUGAAUUCUUAAUCUAUUGUUGGCAGGUGCUGAAGCACUGUGUUGAGCUCUUGGCACGUCUGGGGGUGAGCUUGGCCAGCUCAGGAAUCUUAACAUACAGAUACCAUUUCCCCGUGACUGAACAGCCACGUUUGGGCGAUUGCACAGUUGUCAAAUGUGAACAAACUACUCAAAGGCACUGUCGCUUAGUUAAAGCUGUUUCCAAGUGGACAGUGUAAUCGGGCUGUACUGUCUUCUUUUUUUCUGCAAGGCUGGGAGCUUGUUCAAGGCCAUCAGUUUGGUAACCUUUGAGUUUGCUUUGUGGCGUCACCAGGAUUGAAAUGACCUGCACCAUCCUUCCAUGCAUAUCUUGGCACUAUAUGUUAAUGUGUGCAUGUGAGAGAGCACGUCUGGAGGAGGAGUGCUGUGGCCCUUGACCCUGUGAACGCUUUUGCUUUCUUCCUCAGCUUUUUUUUUUUUUGGGAAGAGUGCAAAGGGAUAUACUUCUUUUUUUCUCCUCAGAGAGCCAGACCCAAACAAGAAGUGUUAACCUAGACCCCUGGGUCCCUUGCUCUCUCCCACCCACAGAGCACCUGUACCUGCAGGCAUUUUCUGAACAGGUGUGCCCACCUGCCAGGCACCACUGCUAAACCAGCUGUCAUUACCUGUGUCAAAACCAGAGUUCAGGGAAUUACCGAAGGGAACAGAGCCAUUUAUAAACUGCUUGCAGACUGUUUCAAAGGGUGUGGUAGCUGUACGAUGUAAAUAAGCCCCCAGCAGAUCCCCCUCACCUGUGCUUCAUGCAUGUGUGAAUCAAACUGGGACAAACAUGUUUUAUAGACCACAAAUGUCAGGUAAGUAAAGUUUGAGCUACUCUUGAGAUAUAAUUUCCAUACAAAUGUGCUGUAUUGUUGGUAUUUCUCUUCAAAUGCCUAUUGGAACACUAACUAGUCAGUUGGGAAUUCAGUUCCCUCAAGUAGGGCCUGUCUACAUGUGAUUUCUUGUGGAACGUGUCUGGGUGUAUAGAUUUUAAAAAAACUAAAAAAACAAUAUAUUGUAAAAUAAAGUGAUGCAGGCAGAAACCUACACAAUAUCACAGGAAGCAGGAGCAUUGAUCAGUACAUUAUUAGAGGUUUAGAAUUGGUCCACUCUGGCGUUUAGUUGAAAUACAGCUGACUGUUAACAAUGUGUGUGGUAUUCAUACCUCAGUCAGCCAUGUCAAAGCCCAAAGAACUUGAUUUCAUUUUAAACUUUUCCAUUGAGGUUGUGAUAAGAUGGAACCUGAAUGCCUCUGUGUGUGUAUAAUUGACGAGGGUCUUUGUUCUGAUGAGAGAAAUGACGACAUAUAUACUUUUAUUUUUUUGGGUGGGGGGUCAGGGUUCUUGUUUGUACUUUUGGGUGAUGAUAUGUUUAUGUUAUAGCACAUCUGUGCAGUAAGUGCUUGCAAACAUGAACCCUUUGAUUGUACAGUAGUUUCCUUCCUGUCACUGCAGGUAGUACAGCCUAUCAGGACACUUGGCCUCAUGGUCUUCCCUGUCCUAGUCAUGAGGGAACACAGUCCUGCAACUUUUGUUUGGGUUUUAUUUUGGGACUUGACAAGAGUUUAUUUGUUUGAAAAUAAAAUAUGUGACUCAGAUAUGAUUUUAAUGUGCCUUUUAUUCUACUUUGGGAUACAGAUUGGCUUUAAAAACAACUACUGCAGUGGUAGAUUUUUUUUUUUUUUUUUUUUUUUAAGUUUCUGUCGGAAAAGUAUAAAUGGAUAGGAGCUUAGAACAAAUGUUCAGGUAAGAAUCAGACCAGAAAUGAAUGUACUAGUCUACCAGAAUACGCCACAGUUAAAAUAACUUAAAAGAACAUACCAAACUGGAAUUUCUGGUAAAUGUUUCUCAUAACAUUGAGAACGUUAGGGUGUUGAAAACUGAACUGAAUAAACGUAGGUAGGUUUCCCCGAAGAACAGGCGUGCACCAGGCUCCCGACAGCUGACCUAUACCUGUUUGUCUAUUCUUUCAUGCUGACAUUUUUCUUUGCUUUGUCCAAUCUGUCCAGGAUUUUGCUGUAGAGACCAGACAUCUGUGGGUACAUAAAUAACAGCUGUAUAACUAAGCUUUUUAUACCUCUAACAGUACAAUGGAGCAGUUACUUUCAUUGCUGUGUCCCAGUUUAACCUUAUGAGACUGUAUUUUAUUGCCAUACUUUUCUCUUGACAAAGCUGCAAUACUUAAAGGAUCACCUUUGGUGAAGUUCCUUGAGCUAACUUCAAAACUAUAAUUGGUGUAUUUUGAUGAGCAACCCUGGAGUUGUACAAUGACAUGUAGAUUUAAUUCUGCCAAAAUCUGUAUUUAACAAAGCAGCAGGAUGAUUUAAGCUACUAUCAACCCAGUGUUUCAUCCCUUUCCUUCUCUCCACCAGUCCUCUACCUGUGUCUCAUAGCUCUCCUGUAGAGAUCCCAGGUGGCGGACAAAGCUCAUGGCCAGGCCACACCACUUCUCAGCUUCGGGGUAUUGAGCCAAGCUGUACAGCAAAAUCCCAGUGUUCCAAGCCUGAGUCAGCAACCACAAGGUCUCCAUCUCUGGGAAGUCGUCCGGCUACGGAGAAGAGCAGGAAGAUGUUCAAAAGGCCACCUGGGUUACUGUCUUGUACAAAUCAUUUUCAGUGGGUUGAGGCAGCAAAUGCCAAGUAAACUUUCAUCAAAUCCUGUCCAUUUGUAUAUUAACAUUUACUUAUGCUUGUAAGUCAUAAAAACAGAGCAUGAAACAAA